UUAGUUUCCAAAGUGGUCCAGGAGGACCCCCAGAGGUCCACGGGAGACUCGACGGGGGUCUACGUUGGCAAAAAAUAAUGGAAUAUGAAAAUGUAGCUGCAGGGGGUUCAACAGAACCAGCUAAAUUUUGAAAGUGGUCUAUGAGAAAAAGUCUUUUAAAACUUAAGCCCUCUAUUUUUUUGAAAGGAAAUACCUAUUUUAUGAAAAAAAUACAUUGAAACACCAUUCAUUUGGUUUACAUACAGUUUGGGAAAAUUCCGUCAACGAUAAACGCAACCUUUGUCUAGAUAAGGCUGUUUAGUAUAAUUAUAUCAAAUGGAACUCAAGAAAAUUCGCGCAAUCCUUUAUGCAGGAUAAUGGAACCACUCCAAGAAAUUCACCGGGAUCAGUGGCCCCAACUUCUCAAAAUUUUUGAACAGGAUUGGCCUCUGAAUGUUGUAGCUUAUUGUAUACUGGACACUCAAAUAUCCAAUCCUGAACUAAGUACACCAUUUAAAUUCAGAAUUUACGCUCCAGAUGGUAAUCUUGAAUACGGAAUGAUUGCAAUGAUAGAAAUGUUCACCUAUAAAGAAGUAACAAUACAUCCAACUAAAGGAAGCAGAAAAAUAAUAGAAAAGGCAUUAUUAGAAACAAAUGUAAUAAAUUGGAGUCAGGAAUUCUACAUCUCAGCUGCUAGUGACGAGGUUGUGCAAUGUCUGGAGAAUAUUAAGGAUCGAAAAGGAAUUACAUUAUCUUACAAUAAUACAAAUGAACCUCCGACAUACAUGCAAAUGUUGAAUAAUGAUGCAAACUUGUAUGAAAAUGUAUCAUGUCCAUCGAAUACCUACGUUGGUUCUUUAAAACCUGAAGACAUAGAAAUCGUAGAUCAGUGUUGGACUUAUCACAGCGCGUUUUCUCAUCGUGUCUUGAAAAUUUUAAUGGAAAAUGAUUUAACAUACGUUCUUUAUUCGUAUGAAAAUAAACCUCUUGCAUGGAUUGUCAUCAAUGAGUUCGGUGCUUUAUCGCGAUUAUUUUGUAUUGAAGAACAGAGAGGAAAAGGUUAUGGUGAACUCAUUGCAAAAUAUGCUGUAAAUGAGUGGUUAAAGAAAGGUAAAGUAGCCUUGGGAUUUACUAUAGAUGGAAAUUAUAAAGCUGAAAAUUUGUUUCGUAAAUUAAAUUUUGAAAAUGUAGGAACCGUUUACUGGGUUAAAGUAAACAAAAAUAAAUAA